AAAUCUUUCAUUUAAAAUUUUAACCGCUAACCUGUGCAAGAAUCAUCUCCAUAAGAGAACAAUGAUACGCUUUCCAGUAUGGGUGAUCCCAGUUGACGUAUCUUCCAUAUGAAGACGUGUGAUAACCUGGUGGUAAAUGUGCUGGCUCAAGACCAGGUGUUGAAGACAUCAAGCCCUUGAUAAAGAUGCCUCCGAAAGCCAAGAAAACUCUCAUCACAACAAUACCAUGCUCUCGCUUUAAGUCAAAGAGUAAAGCUGCUUCAAAGAGUAAAACAGGCCCAGGUAGAUCUGCCAGUGGAGUACAAAUACCCAGGACUGGAAGCCAUGAUGGUGGCCUCAAGAAGCGGAGUCGUCCCCCUGUUUCCAAACCCCGUGCUGGAUACACUCUUUACUCUAGCGAUUCUGAGGAGCGGAUUGGAGAGGUUGAUAAGGGACUUAAUCGAUGUGCAAGUAUCGUCAAGCAGAUGUUGGAGGUUCGUAAAGGUGUGGGUAAAGUGCCAAAAGGAGACCUGAAGAUGGUGGCGCCCCCCAGCAGCAAGCCUCGUCAAGCAGUCACAAGGGAGAUUAUUCAUCCCGCUGCCAACCCCACCCACAGCCCUAAGCAAUUGAAUCAAGUCCCUGUUGUUAUUCCCACUGCUGACAUGGAUGAAUCUGUUCCACAGAAGAGAGGCCCGUCUACGCAACAGCCACAGAAGAUGAUGGUGCAACCACGGUUUAACAAACGGUUAGCGACUUCAACACCAGAUCCAGAUAAGAUGGAACCAGAGGAUACGGGAGCUUUGAAUGGUUACAUUCAGAAAACUGCUACUUCGGAUCACUCAAGAAACAACACUCAAGGUAUUCCAACAGUAAAAUCUACGGGCACAAAUCAGGGAGGUUUACUUCAGCAACUUCUGGAUCAUGAUCCGAGGCAAGAUCGUAGUCAAUCUGCAGGAGGGUCUGUGGAUCGUCAGGUUGUUAUUGGUGUGCCGCAAGGAGCUGGCCUUCAACCACUACAGUUUAAAGAAAAUUUAAAUCCUAUGGAUCAGAGGUCUGGGUGUACUACAGGAUCAGCACAACAGUACUUACAACCCAGGAUUUCUCCAAGAUUGAUUCAGAAUGGCCGGAAUACUGCACAGUAUCAGUGUCAGGCAGAGUUAUCCGAGCAGCAGACUGGCUCAGGGUCUGGUGUGCAUUGGCAAACCUGUGUAAGUCAGGAGGUGAAGGGUGGACCUGUAUGUUUAAAUGAGGUGAGUCCAGUCCCUCAGACUUAUGCGAGAACGUCCGACAUACAGCCAGGGAUGGAAAAUUUUCUGGACGAAAGCGAAUAUCAGCAAUUGCCAAGUCCACAAUCUGUUUUCCAGUCAUACAAAGGAAUUUCCUCAAGAAUGCCAGAUGUGCCUGAACGGCUGAGACAAAGUGAGGGCUUCUUUCCUGUUGUCACUGAAGAGUCAGAAUUUCAAAAGGAAACAAAUUCUGCCUCAAGUAAGAGGCAAGUGCAUCCAAGGGAGUUAAGUGAGUCAAGUGAUCUCCAACCCACUCCCAAAUCAGUGAGCAGAAAUUCAACCAAUGGAGUUUCACAAGACGGGUUACACGAUUGGAGGUUUGCUAGAAUUGAUUCAUCCAAGGUUUCUUCCUCUGGUUGUUCAUUGGCUGUUGCACAACCAAUCAACAGCAGACAGCUUGAGUACAGUGACUACAAAUAUUUUCACCCAAAUCAGUUCCAGAUGGAAACACAGGGUCCAUGUUUUACAGGUGGAGUUGGUUUUGAAAAGCCUGUCCGGGAGUCCGGCUUUCACGAUAGUCCAGGACACGCUGCUGCCAACUCACCUGCCCAGUUUUUUGAGAAUUCCAGUUUACCUGUUGUGUCUCGAAAUGGAAAUAUGAAUGAUAUGUUAGAAAAUCAGACUUAUACCCUGCCAAGACAAGACAACUUUUUGGCCCAAGGCAGAGAAAGUGGAAGGGAGAGAGGAAGCCAAAAUACAAACUAUGAUGGUCAUAAUGAACAGAUGUAUUAUGGUCCUCCAUUGGCCCACAGUGCCGUGAACAGAAAUGUGGCCCAAAGUUCCUUGAGCACAAAUGUGGCCCAAAGUCCCAUGAACACAAAUAUGGCCCAAAGUCCCAUGAACACAAACAUGGCCCAAAGCACCAUGAACACAAAUAUGGUCCAUAGUGUCAUGAACACAAAUAUGGCCCAAAGUCCCAUGAACACAAACAUGGCCCAUGUGGGCCAAAGGGCUGUAACCACAGAUCUUGCCCAAAAUCAAAAUGGUGAAAGCUAUGUCCAGGUGAAAUCGGUUGUCUGUGACAACAGAGGCUUUCCCGGAAACCAAGCAUUUAACAACGGGCCACCUUCCAGACAUGCUGUUGUCGAUAACGGAAGGCCUAUAGGUAGUGCGUCUGCCCCACCCCCGGAAAGGCUACCAUUAGGGAGUGUGGAUGUGAACAUACGUGCGGAGAUGGACCGUGCGUUACAGCCUCUGAUAGCUGAGAACAGCCAGCUUAGAAGUGACCUGCGAAUGGUGAAUCAACAGUUAAAGGAUUUUGAGAGGCAGUUGGCUAAUCAGCUGUUAAAAGAGAAACAAAGAGAAUCGGUGAAUCAGCAAUCAAAAGAAUCGGCUGUACUGACUUCCUCAGACCAGGAGACCCACAUGGAAGUGCUAGAAUGGACGCAGAAUAAAGUGAAGACACUAGAGCAGGCGCUGCAUGAAGAGCAAUGUCGCUCAGACGACCUUCAAGCAGAGCUGCGGCAAUGUCAGCGCGACCUUGACCAGUACAAAACAGACAGACAAAAAUUGCUGGUGGCUAUAGCAGAAAAGGAUGCUGACAAGCUUCGUGCUAGACAGGAGAACCAGCAAGAAGUGAACCAUCUCCACGCAGAGUUACAGAUGCAGCAGAAGCAGUGUGAGACAUACAGACUGAAGCUUGAUGCCUCUGAGAAGGAGAGUCACAUCCUGGCCAUCAGCCUCAAACAACGUGACAGCGAGAUAAACCGCCUACAAGAGCUUGUUCAAACCAUGAAGAAGAGUAUGUCAGAGCUAAUUCAAGAGCAGUCUCAUCAACAUGAUGCCAACAGACAGUUGUCUGGAAGUUUUAACCUCCAAAGACUAGAGAGGUUACUCCGAGAUGGCAACUUGACUGGGUUCGACAUUGAGAGGUUGAAUCUGCACGAUGACAGAUCAGCACCGAUGGAAUCAUCCAAUGGACACAUGCCACUGGAGCCAGAAUUUGCCGAACUGACAAUGGAUGCUCUGGCUGAGCACAAUGAGCGAAGUACACUUCAGCUGCGGGAAAGGUCCGCUCAGAAGCCAUCUGAAGAAACAGCCAGGGAUAAACAGGUUCAGAGUUUUUAUGCAAAAGAUCAAGAUUUGACAAAUGAAACGUCGGAGAGUUCAACAACAACGAUUCAUGAUUUGUCCUCGGUAUCAACGGUGAAGGAAUUGAGUGAAGUAGACAGUCAAAGAGACGAAGAGGCAAGUCUGAAGCCACACAAGAAAGUCCACUUUGACCUACAUAAGUCUGGAAACGACGGAUCAUUGACGGAAGUGACUGAUGACGGUUCAACAGUUGUGUCCGAGGUACCGUCCCGUUACAGCGUUACUGAUUAUUUUAGAAAAUAUCCAGGAGGAGUCGCGGGUAGCAGUCUUCUGCCGAGAAGUAAUCAUCUUGGACAAAAUAAAUCUCUUCCUGCAAUGCAAAAAUCAGUUAAAUGCACCACCAAGGAGAGUGUCUCCAAGGGAAAGAACUCUGAGAUAGCCAAAAAUCAAGCCCAGAACAGUCAAAAGAUUUUGCAGGUUCCAAAUAAAACUACAGAUUUUCGUCGGACAGUUCCGCCUCUGAGAGAUCCAUUUGGUCCCCGAGAGGAUGAUGUCAUGUCUCUGACGUCAGGGAUAACGUUUUCGUCAGUUUCAACUCUGGCAACAGUCGAUGAGAGUGUGUUCAGGGAAGGGCUUGCGAACUUAGAUGCUAACAUUGCGAGAUUACAGGAGUCCUUGUCUGAGAAAAAGGCUUUGUUAUUGACUUGAUAUACAAAUAUAUAUAUUUUUUGAUUCAUUUAUAAGACAAAUGUGAUUUCUCCAAAUUAAAAAUGAAAUUUAAAAAAUACAUGUUUUAAUGUACGAUUUGUAGGUUAUAUUUGUACAUAUAAAUCUCAACAAUGAAUAAAAAUGAAGUGAUGGCAGAGAUAUGUAUUAAACAAUAUACUGUGAAAUGAAUUAUUCUACACUUAUAUUUUGGAGUGUGCACAUGUAUAGACACUGCUAUAUUAUUAUUCACCAUAAAUCUUCAACAUUUUCGACCUCUAAAUCACUUUCU